CUUGAACCAAAAAUAUCUCAAUUCACAUUCACAUAGUGAUUAAGAAGAGGAAGAGAGGAAAAUGCUGAGGUCAUUCACAAGAAACUUCAAACUCAUUGCUUCAAAUGGUUCGAUCCCUAAGCCAAUAACCUCUUUUCUCCACUAUUCGACUAGAAAGUUAGAAGGCAAAGUCGCGGUCAUAACAGGCGGUGCAAGCGGCCUAGGGAAGGCCACGGCGGAGGAAUUUGUAAGCCAGGGUGCUCAAGUCAUUAUUGUAGAUAUAGACGAGGAGGCUGGUCGUAUGGUCGCGACCGAACUUGGCUCAGCCGCAAAUUUCUUAAGAUGUGAUGUCACUGUGGAGGAACAAGUCGCUAAGGCCGUGAAAACCGUCGUGGCUCGCCAUGGGAAGCUCGACGUACUACUCAAUAGCGCCGGAAUAUCAUGCUCCAUAUCACCACCAAGCAUAGCGGACCUAGACAUGGACAUAUACGACAAAGUGAUGUGUCUCAACGUGCGAGGCACCGUCUUAGGGAUAAAGCACGCGACUCGAGCCAUGAUCCCCGCUGGCUCAGGCUCCAUCCUUUGUCUCUCUAGCAUCAGCGGGUUAAUGGGCGGGUUAGGCCCACAUGCAUACUCAAUAUCUAAAUUCACAAUACCGGGUGUGGUCAAGACGGUAGCUGGUGAGCUGUGCAAGCACGGCAUAAGGAUCAACUGUAUAUCACCUGCGGGCAUUCCUACGCCUCUAACGCUGAGAAUGUUUCGAGAAGUGUUUAUGGGUCACAACAUUCCGGAGGAACAGCUUGUGGCCAUUGUGAACGCAGGAGGAGAUUUGAAGGGAGAGAAGUGUGAAGAGAGAGAUGUGGCUAAAGCGGCUUUGUAUUUGGCAUCAGAUGAUGCUAAGUUUGUGACGGGGCAUAACCUUGUUGUUGAUGGUGGAUUUACUUGUUUCAAGUCUCCUAAUCUCCUUUUUCCUUAAUA